GCUGCGGUGGCGAGGGGGGCCCGGGGCCAUGGCUUCGUGGAACGCGCCGUCGCCGAGCAUCGUCGAGUACUUCGAGGGCGAGGACUUCUACCGCUGCGGCUACUGCAAGAAUGAGUCGGGCAGUCGCUCCAACGGCAUGUGGGCCCAUUCCAUGACGGUGCGGGAUUACCAGGAUCUCAUAGACCGAGGAUGGCGAAGAAGUGGGAAGUAUGUAUACAAACCUGUCAUGAACCAAACAUGCUGUCCUCAGUACACCAUAAGGUGCCGGCCUUUACACUUUCAGCCAUCGAAGUCGCAGAAAAAAGUUCUGAAGAAAAUGUUGAAAUUUCUGUCUAAAGGGGAGAUUUCCAAAGGAAAUGGUGAAGGUGAGCCCAUGGAUUCUGCAAUGGAUGAUGCUGUUGCUGGUGACUUUUCAUUAAUAAAUAAAUUGGAUAUAAAGUGUGAGCUGAAAACACUUAGCACUGACCUCAAAGAGACCAUAGAGAGUGAAGAGAAGAAGAAAGAAAAGAGCUCCCAGAAAGAAGGAUUCAAUGAAUUCAUUCAUUCACAAAUUAUAGAAGAGAAGUUGGGCUCUGGCGAGCCAUCACAUUCAGUUAAAGUCCACACAGGCCCUAAGCCAGGUAAAGGUGCUGAUUUGAGUAAGCCUCCAUGUCGCAAAGCAAAGGAAAUCAGGAAAGAAAGGAAAAGGUUGAAACUCAUGCAGCAAAACCCAGCUGGAGCAUUUGAGAGUUUUCAGGCUCAAGGUCAGCCAGCAGCUUCACCAAAGGCCAAACCCAACCAGCCCAAGUCACUUGAAGAUUUGAUUUUUGAAUCUUUACCAGAGAAUGCAUCACACAAGUUAGAGGUGAGGGUGGUGAGGUCAUCUCCAGCAAGUCCUCAGUUCAGAGCCACGUUUCAGGAGUCUUACCAGCUCUAUAAGCGAUACCAGAUGGCCAUUCACAAGGAUCCUCCUGAUAAGCCAACCGUGAGCCAGUUCACAAGGUUCCUCUGCAGCUCACCUUUGGAGCCAGAGCGCCCUCCUCACGGACCAGAGUGCGGCUAUGGCUCCUUCCACCAGCAGUACUGGCUCGAUGGCAACAUCAUCGCGGUGGGCGUGAUUGACAUUCUUCCGCACUGCGUCUCAUCUGUGUAUUUGUACUACGAUCCCGAUUAUUCAUUUCUGUCUUUGGGUGUCUACUCAGCCUUGAGGGAAAUUGCUUUUACUAGGCAACUUCAUGAGAAGACAGCUCAGCUCAGCUAUUACUAUAUGGGUUUCUACAUUCACUCCUGCCCCAAGAUGCGGUACAAGGGUCAGUACAGGCCGUCUGAUUUGCUGUGUCCUGAGACUUACGUCUGGGUUCCCAUUGAGCAGUGCCUGCCUUCACUUGAAAACUCCAAGUACUGUCGUUUCAACCAGGACCCUCAAGCAGAGGAUGAAGGCGGCAGUAAGGAGCCGGACCGCCUGCAGGUGUUCUACAAGAAAUCCAUCAUGCCUUACAGAGUGUACAAGAGUCACCACAAAGACCCCAGCGAGGAGGCCACUGUGCUACAGUACGCCAGCCUGGUGGGGCAGGCGUGCUCGGAGCGGAUGCUGCUGUUCCGGAACUGAGCCUGCUCCUGGCCACUGUCCUUCGGGCUCCUAGACGCUCCCCACUGCCGGACUGAGUGCACCGGAUCUUGUUGGUCUGGGAGCGUUUCUAAAAUAUUUUGUGUUGUUAUAUUUGUGAGAAGCUUAUGGCUAAUAUAAAGAUUUUUUAAAAGCAUGUUAGGACCUACCCCCAUAAGUGAUGUUUGUCAUGGGGGGUUUGUUUCUGGAGCAGGUGUGCUCAGCUUCUCCAGUAAACACUUUGGGGAAGAUUAAGAAGUGAGUCUGAUCUGCUCAGUUAUGUGGUUUUUGUCACUAGAGAAGCUCAAGGGGUUUGCUCUGCCCCAUGUGACAUGCUAGCUUGUGCUGGGGGCCCUUGGGUCUGGGGACAAUGGUGGGCAGUGCUUUCUAUCAUCUGGGAGCUGUAUCUGUCUCUGUCUGUCUGUCUGACUGACUGACUGUCUGUCUGUCUGUCUCUCUCUCUCUCUCUCUUCUCGCAAAGCUGUUGCCACCCGGUGUCGGAUGUUAAAUCAUUGCCAAUGUCUGGCUGUGUGGCUUGAAAAGAAAAUUAAAUAGAUGUUCAUAUCAGGUGUCUGUCCAGGAUGGGCCUACUCACGUCUGCUGUCUUGGGUCAUUGUUGUCCUUGGGAUAAUUGUUAACAGCCACUGUGCCGUUCAGUUUAGGUGAUACCGUAUGCAGUGUAUCUAGAGAGGAUUCUUCUAUGUCUAAAAGUCUAAGAUGUGAGUUUUAAAGAAAAAUAUUUAACUCUUGCUUGACCUAAGGCACAUCAAAAGAGUAGGUACUGACUUUUCAUUGUUUGGAACUUGGGACACGUGUCUCUAGUUAUUGAUGAAAGCUAGUUAGUACUUAACUACUCUUCGAGCGCCACAAAUCACAGCGCAACUUGUGGGAGCUGCCUGGCCUCCAGGUUCCUUUUCUGGUCCUCUGUGAGAGAGAACAGUGUGGUCCUCAGUACUUCACGGGGGAGCCAGCCCCUCUCCCUCCCCAUUAUUUGUUAGGUCCUUGCCCCCUGUACCAAAUGCCCGCUGUCAAGUCAGCUGUGCCCCACCGGGCUUGCGGAGGAGAAGCGUCGGGCGUGGCGAGGCCCUGAUGGACGUGGGGAAGGAAGCAGAUGAAGACGCGGACCUCGCUUGUGCUCGCUCUCUCAGCUCUGCCGCCGUCUGCGUGGCCAUCCAGCUCUUUGCAGCCCCAUUUUGCCCCUCCUUUUUUAUUCUUUCUAUUGAUGCUUUAAGAGCUAUAUUAUAAAAGUUAGUAGUUUGAGUCCCAAUACUCAUCUUAGACGUUUGCUAAAAACAUUAUUAAACGGGAAGUCAGCUAGAAUGAAAGGAUUUUUAAAAGAGAUUUUAACCAUGCAAAUCCAUGUAAACUCCAUCCUCUGUGUGCAUGUGCUUGCAGUUGGCCAUGCAUGUGUGCCUUUGCACAUGUGCAUGCAGGUGUGUAAGAGUGUGUCUGUGUGUGCAUACAUGUGUGUGUCACCUGCUGUGCAACAACCAGGGAUAGAGGACUGAGAAAUCUCUUUUCUGGUUGUAAAGACCCUGCAUUCUUCUGGAUCUCUGACCUAGGAAACAGUUCCUGGCGUGUUUGAGAGAGCUGGCUUGGGAUAGCCUCCAGAACCCUUGUUCUUCCUCUACAAUGAAGAUACCUACUUUUUCUUUUUAUUAAAAAUAGUGUUUGAUCUACACAACUAAAACACUAAGAAAAAUAAGACAAAGUAAUCUGAAACCCUACCAUAGCUAGACAAAGGAAGGAGCUGUGUGGCCACACACCAACACGCCAUCUUAGUGCACGCAAAACCACGUACUCUAAGCUGGUGUUUCCCUCAGCAGUAGCUUGUGGAUGGAUCUGAAGUCUGAGAGGCAUUUCAAGGCGUUGUAGAAAGUGUGGUCAGUAACCUCAGCAUUACUAGACUAAGUGGAGUGAAGUCACGGCCGGUGUCCUUGGCCCCAGUCCUGCUGUCCCCACUGUCCCUUUGUGGGGAGCGUGUCGAUGGUACUCAUAAAGUGGAGAGGAAGCCCCAGCCCAGCACCCUUCCCAAGCCCUGGGUUCCUCCUGCAGCUCAGAGCGCAAGGACCCGCUGGUCUCUGGCUACACUGAAGAGCCGUCCCCCGUGGCCUCCUCCAGAGGCUCUGGGAAGGCACACAAUGGCUUGGCUGUGAAAAUUCUUCAGCUCAGUUUCAUGUUCAUGCAAUAUUUUUUAAAAUAACACGCAAAUCUUGGUGGCCUGGGUGUCUUCACAGAUGUCACUGUGUUCUCUUGAGCUCUUGUGGGGUGUCCACAGCUGGCUAGGAAAGAACAGUCAAAGGAGGUGACCCAGACUGGUCAUCUUGCAGGCAGUGUAGCUCAGACGCCUGAUUUGGUGGGAAUGGUUUCUGCCGAGAGCAAGGCACACGGGGAGCACUCAGAGACAACUGCUCGCUCUCCCGGGCAGGAAGCUUUGCAUUUACAAUGCCAGUGCUUUAGUCCCAGCCUCAUGCCAGGUAAAUUCACCCUUGCCCCCUGCCUGGCAACAACGAUGCCAUUUUGAUUCCCUGUGCUACCAUCUUUAUUUAAAUUAUUCCAGUUCCGUGAGAUUGGUUUUUUUGUUGUUGUUAUUUUUUGUUGAAUGUAAUCUGAGCACUUUUUAUAUUCUAAGAUAUAGAGGCUAUAUUAUCAGAUGAAUAUACUAUUCAUUUGACUGAAGUUAUUUAGAUAAAAGAAAUGGUUUAUGUCUUCUUUCAAGAAGCUUGUUCUAUUUUUCAUCUAUUUGUAAAUGCCAGUUGUGUGUGGUUUUGUAAUAUCAAAAUCUAUUAUGUAAAAGAGUCUUUCAGAUGUCUGAACAGUUAAAUGGUUUUUCUAGGUACUGUAUUGUUUCAGUGUGAGGAAAGGUGGGAGAGAACAUGGCGCUUAGCCAAAAUGUAUCUUUUUUGUGUGGCUGACUUAAAGAAGUGGAAACUGCUGGGAAAUGUCUGAACUACAAGGGAUUCAGAAGAGUGCUCAUGCCUAAAAACCGUGGACCGUUAGGUAAAGUAGGCUGGGUUGCAUGUAGUGUUUGUGCUCUUGUACAUGCUAUUUGAACAUGAAGCUUGAUGGGAAAAAUAAAGUUGUUUCUACCUGCA